CUUCGAUCACGCAGCCUCCGCGCGAAUGCUGGCGCCCUGCGCCGGGGCGCCAUGAGCUACCAGCGCCUCCUGGAGGCCGACGGGCGCCUGCUGGCCGUCCUGGAGGAGCGCCUCGCCGCCGCCGCCGCCGCCCGCGGCGGCGGCCGCGCCGACGCAGGCCACACCCAGCGCCAGAGCCUGGAGCCGGACCUCUCCGGCUCGGCGUGCUGGGAGGGGCUGGGCACCGCCGCCGCCCGCGGCGGCGGCCGCCCCGACGCAGGCCACACCCAGCGUCAGGGCCUAGAGCUGGACGUCUCCGGCUCGGCGCUCUGGGAGGGGCUGGGCACUGCCGCCGCCCGCGGCGGCGGCCGCGCCGACGCAGGCCACACCCAGCGUCAGGGCCUGGAGCCAGACCUCUCCGGCUCGGCGCUCUGGGAGGGGCUGGGCACCGCCGCCGCCCGCGGCGGCGGCCGAGCCGACGCAGGCCACGCCCCGCGCCAGGGCCUGGAGCCGGACCCCUUCGGCUCGCCGAUCUGCCGCGCCCGGGAGCCGCCGGAGGAGUCCCCGCGGAGUUUCGCGAGCUCGCUGCCGCUGCCGACCGCGAGCGGAGGCGGCAGCGCUGGCGCGCAGGUGCGCCGCGGCGCGCACGCCGCGGGGCACCUGCAGGAGGCGCAGGGGAUGCUGGCGCACGGGCGGCGCUUGAGGUCGGCGGAGCGGGCCAGCGGCGAGGCGGAGAGGUUCACAGAGUGCACGCACGGCGAGGCGGAGAGCGCCCGCAGGCGCUGGGAGCAGGCCUCGGAGCGUGCCGAGGGGGCCCACGGGGAGCAGCAGUGGCGUGCCCGCGAACGCGCGCAGCGGGCCCUGGAGGGCCAAGAGGCGGUCGUGGCAGAGGCCCUCGCCAGGAAGGUCCGCGCCCUGGAAGGGGCGCUCCACGGAGUGGCGGGCGCGCGCGAGGCGCUGGCCGCGCCGCCAGUCGAGGGGGCAGGAGCCGCAGUGGGCUGGCUAACAGCCGAGGCGAGAGCGCUGCGCGCCCUGGCGGGCGCCGACGCGCGCACAGUCGUCGGCGGCUGCCCGCAGCCGCCGAGCGAGCCGCGCGAAGCCCAGCGCCUGCAGGAUCUGCUGGCGCGCGUCUUCGGGCGCCAGGCGGAGUUCGCGGCCAGGGCAUGCUGGGGCGCGUGGAGGCGGUUGUCGCGGGAACGCGGGCACAUGCAGGGGCUGCUGUUGCUCGCUGUCAGGUGCCAAGGGCGGCGCGCGGCCAGGUGGUGCUGGGGCGCCUGGGGGGUUGUGUCGCGUGAGGCCCAGUGGAGGCGGAAGCUGCAGGAGCGCGUGGCCGAGCACCACGGCAAGGCAGCGCGGCGUGCCUUCCUCGCCACAUUUUGGGCAGCUUGGUUCAGCCUCCCGCGGGACGGCGGACGCAGGCACAUGCUGGGACUGUUGGCGCACGCCAUCAGGUGCCAAGAGCGGCGCGCGGCCAGGUGGUGCUGGGGCGCCUGGGUCGUUGUGUCGCGUGAGGCCCAGUGGAGGCGGAAGCAGCAGGAGCGCGUCGCCAAGCAUCACGGCAAAGCAGUGCGGCGUGCCUUCCUCGCCACAUUUUGGGCAGCUUGGUCCGGCCUCCCGCGGGACGGCCAGCUGUGGCAGGAGCGCCACCGCGUCAUGAAUUUGGUGUUGGUGGGCAGUUCCCUGGACCGGGACAAGAUCUCCCGGAAGGAGCAGGAGGUUCUGUGGAGGUGCUGGCGCUGGGUCGUGGAGGGCCGGCGCAGGCGAGAGGCCUACCUCGUGCAAAGCUCGCGGUGGCAACUCUGCGGCUUCGCGCUGCGGUGCUGGCUGCUGUGGUCGGUGCCCACGCGUGCGAGACGCCAGCUGCGGCACCAGGGGCUCGCUGGGCCCCGCCUGGCCUUCUGCGGCGAGCCGACAGGCGAGGGAUGGCAGGCGGCAGGGCAGCAGGUCUGGGCCUCCGGCGCCAAGCGGCGCCCGAGCGGCGCACUCGGCCCCAGCGGGGCGCGCGAAGGGCAGGCACCCCAGCUGGGCCCAGCACCCGAGGGGGGCCUGCGCGCACCGUCGGAGGAGGCCCUGGCGCAGGAUCGCCUGCUGGUGGCAGAGGAGGCUCCACUGGCUCCGUGCCGUGCAGCACACUCGCGGGGCCGCCCGCACCUCGAUGCGGCGCUCCCGGAGAGCCGGAGGCUCCCAGCGUCAAGCCACCCGGAGUGGAGGCGCACCUCUGUCUGCAGCGGCGGUUGGCAGAGCGCCGGCAUCGCGGGGCCCGUGCCGCCCGCCUUGGCCUCCAGCGCGUGGAGCUUGGGGGCGGUCCCGGCAGGCCCAGAGCCAGCACCGCGCCCCGCGGCGCCCUCAACCGAGGGGGCGGGCGCAGAAGCGGUCGGGGCGGCGGCAGACUCGACAGCGAUCGCCCCAGCCGAUCCCAGCCUGGGAAGGGCCGCCGUCCCAGGCGGCCGAGCCAAGCCCGGCAGGCCCGCCCUGACCGUAGUGUGGCCUGCGUGGGGGCGGCAGGGGGGCGGCAGUACGGCCCAAUCUCCCCACCCGGCGGCCGCCGUCAAGCAUCGGCAGGGCGGCAGUCCAGCAUGACGAUGUCCAGCGAGGAAGAGGCUUGCGCCAUUCAGCAGGGAGGCCGCAGUCCAGCAGUCAGCGUCGUCGCAGACGCGGGGCGGAGCAGCUCGCGUCGGGCAGCGAGGAGGCGGUAUAGUCCAGCCGCCAGCCUCUCCUGCUGCCGAGCGGGCACAGCCGCAGACGGAGCAGUUCGCGCCGGGCAUCGACGAGACGGCGGUCCAACCUCCACGACCGCCCGCUGCCCUCGAGGGCAGAGGAACAGCUCGCGCCGAGCAGCAAGGCGGCGGCAGUCCAGCUGCCAGCGCCUCCCGCUGCCGAGGCCCGAGGAGAAGCCGAGGAUGGAGCACGGCGAGCAGGCGGACGUCCAGCCGCACGCGUCCUCCGCGCGCCCCUCGCUGGAAGCGUCCACGCGCGGGCUCCCGGGCGGCAGAGGCGGCUCUGCGGCGCGCUCACGGCUGGUGACGGGCAGCGCCUUCCGCAGCUGCGCGGUCCGCGCGCGCUUCGCUUCGUGGAUCGUAGAGCGGUGGCUGCCAGCUGCGCGCGACAGCGGCUGCGCCCGCCGGCUUCACCGCAGGGGGCGCUCUUUCGUCGUGACCGGGCCGCGCCGCGGAUGAGGCGCUUCCGCAGGCGGCCUCGCUCGGGCGGGGACCAGGACGAGGACAUGAAGAUCCGUUCCAGGGCAGUCCGGGACGCUUUCUCGGGCGCCCGAGAGAGCCUCUGGAGCCGCCGGAGCUCAGAGCUUCUCGAUGUAUCCUCACCCAGCGUUUGUCCUCUCAA